CGCGUGUGUGUGUGUGUGUGUGUGUGACACACACAGAGAGAGAGAGAGAGAGAGAGAGAGAGAGAGAGAGAGAGAGAGAGAGAGGGGUGGUCUCCAGAAGCAAGGUGAGAGAGAGAGAGAGAGAGAGAGAGAGAGAGAGAGAGAGGCGUUGCAAGGAAGGCCUCGAAAGGUAGCUGACCAGGGCGACCUAUAUAUAAACACUCAGAUCCACACAACGCACGCAUGUACACGCACAGACAUACCCAGAUAGAUAGAUCGUUGGGUAGGUACACACACACACACACACACACAUAGACACACACACAGACAGAGAGAGAGAGAGAGAGAGAGAGAGAGAGAGAGAGAGAGAGAGAGAGAGAGGGGUAGAGGUCACCGUGAUGAUGGUGACGAUGAGGGUAGGUGGUAUCCGGGGGACGUAUGACAAGACCGGGUUUGAUCAAACGAGUAUGGGCAUCACAGCGAUAGCCAUAAGCCUUGUGCUUGUCCUGUCCAGCCAGACGGCCUGCGCGAGGCUAAUUCUACGUGACCCCUUUCCCCUUCAUUUGGGCGGRSUGGAGCUCGAAGCUWGGCUCGAUCGACGAGAUGCUCUMUUAUCCGAGACCUUUGCACCUCCCAACGGGAGYGACAGUUCUACUUACUACUCCGUUGCCGACUACAAUACGAGUGUCGAUGAGAAGCGCAUAACCACUCUUCCCGGCUUCACCGGCCGCAUUCCGUCUCCUCACUACGCGGGCUACGUCCAUCUCAUCCCGAAGCGAAGUCUGCAUCAGAACCUGGACCCGAAUCCGGACCCGGUGAGCAACAAUUUCACAACAGCAACGCCGUCCACAGAUCCCGUUGUGAAAUCCUUUUUCUAUUACUUCGUAGAGUCGGAGAGGUCACCGACAACAGAUCCCGUUGUUUUGUGGCUGAACGGAGGGCCAGGAUGCUCCUCCAUGUUUGGAUUCGCAAUGAUCAACGGCCCUUUCCGGUUUGCAAAGCCAUCGAAAAGCGAAUCGCAGCAAUCACAGCAUCUGCUGCCAAAGCUGUCCGUUAAUCCAUUCUCUUGGAGCAAAGUAGCGAAUAUGAUCUAUCUGGACUCCCCAUUCGGAGUGGGACUGUCGCUGGGACCGCUGCAAGAGAACGACGGGUGGCCGGACGAUUCAUCGAUGCUGGACGACUGGCAGACGUCACUGGAUCUGCAUGCAGUCAUGCUUGCAUGGGUGAAAGCUCAUCCCUCCUUCAGGUCGAACCCGAUCUACCUGGCGGGGGAAUCGUACGCGGGAGUGUACAUCCCGAUGCUCGCGAUGAAGAUCGUCGAGGGCACCGACAACAAUCACCACCUCCUGCCUCAUCUCAACUUGAAAGGGUACUUGAUCGGCAAUGGCGUGGCAGAGGCCGAGGAAGCGCUGGGGUUCGAGAGCGUGGGAAGGGUUGAGGCGGCCCGGGGGCUGUCGCUCAUCACAGAGGAGAUGUACAGGUGGGUGACGAUUGCGUGCGGCGGCUCCAGGCAGGUCAUGGCUGACAGCUGGCGUGCUUCCAAUUCUUGUCGCUCUGCUGCCAAGGCCUUCGCUUACCUCUUCCUCGGGUAUACCACCUUUCGUAGGGUAGAUAUAUACAACACCCUAGGGCCUUGUGAGAGUGAUCUUUGGCCCAGCUUCACGGCCUACCACGACGUUAUGUCUAGCAUCUCUAGAAACAUGUCUCGUCGCAACCUGACCAACCCGGCUGACGUCGUAGAUCCCGACAACGUAAUGAAUCUGCUCUUAGAUCGCCUGACGUCUUAUCCCUCUUCAAAUGGGUCUCGUUUCUGUGAUGACCAUGAUUGGCUAGGAGCUUGGUUCAACAACGCCCAGGUCAGGACUGCCAUAAACGUCCCACCUGUGGCAGAGAUAGGCAACUGGACUUCGUGCUCAGAUCUUAUCCACUUGCUUUACUGGCAAAACGGCGGCAAUAUGGUGCCAAUUCACCGGAAAUUGACAUCCAAGUACGGGCUGCGGGUGCUGAUCUACAGUGGAGAUCACGACCUUGUGGUCCCCACAACGGCUAGCGAGGCUUGGCUUCGCUACCUUGGCUAUGGCGAGGCGUUCCCAGGGGCGCUACUGAUGGAGAGAUGGAGGGUAGGAGAUCGAACGGCCGGUUUCGUGCAGUACUACGAGAAGAACCUGACGUUUGCAACCGUGCUUGGGGCCGGCCAUGCCGCGCCCAAAGACAAGCCGGCAGAGGCCUUCGAACUCUUCAGCUCUUGGAUCGAUAAAUCGGGCAAGAUAGGCAACUGGACUUCGUGCUCAGAUCUUAUCCACUUGCUUUACUGGCAAAACGGCGGCAAUAUGGUGCCAAUUCACCGGAAAUUGACAUCCAAGUACGGGCUGCGGGUGCUGAUCUACAGUGGAGAUCACGACCUUGUGGUCCCCACAACGGCUAGCGAGGCUUGGCUUCGCUACCUUGGCUAUGGCGAGGCGUUCCCAGGGGCGCUGCUGAUGGAGAGAUGGAGGGUAGGAGAUCGAACGGCCGGUUUCGUGCAGUACUACGAGAAGAACCUGACGUUUGCAACCGUGCUUGGGGCCGGCCAUGCCGCGCCCAAGGACAAGCCGGCAGAGGCGUUCGAAUUCUUCAGCUCUUGGAUCGAUAAAUCGGGCAGUUUUAAACACUAAAAGAAGCUAUUUCGUCUGCGAGCAGGAGGGUACUAUAGGCCUACUAUAGGGGAAGUGAGGGGGGGGGGGGGGGGGGGGGGGGGGGGGGGGGGAGGGAGGGGAAGCGGGGGGGAGGGGUGGCAGCGGGCACGGACAGGGGUUCCUCUGGCCACUCUGAGAAGCGGCAACAUGGUCCAAUUAUAAAGCUAUUGGGCCUCGCUCCACUACUCUCCCAAUCUGCAAAAUGAGAGUGAAUCUUCCGCUAGAACAUGGGAAGUUACACUGCCAUGGGUUUUGAGGUUUGCGCAUGUGGAGAGUAGCCGAGCGAUGCCCACAGAGG